AGCUUCUAGUUCCGUUCCCAGUCUCGGGAACAGUACAGCAUGGGCCUUCAGCGUGUAAGAAUUAUCGAAAAAUGAGAAGUAGUGUGUUUGAGAGAUGCUUACCGCACCCCACUUUGCUGAGUGGGUCUUGGGCCAGACAGGCAUCCAAUAUGGCGUCUGACACCUGAUCACAGAUCUUGUCUGUCAAAUCGGAGGGGAGGGAGAGAGACAAAGACAUCGAACAGCACAAUGUAUUGUCACAGAAACAUUCACAUGUAUUGUACAGGGUGACCUAGUGUAAGAAAGUCGCGAAGUAAUAGACAAGCAGACAUACAUACAAUAGAUAUCUGGACCCAGCAAAAUAGAGAGAGAGGGAAGUCAGAAGAAAUUAACAACAGUCACAAAACAGCUUAUUCCAGGUGUGCAGACCUAUCAACAGCAUGAAAUCAUGCUCAGCUACAGAGACAGAGAGACAAAAUUGGAGAGCGUUGCCUAGAUUUUUCCACCUGGAUGUCCUUCCCCUACGCUCUCUGAUGUAAACAGAAACGUCUCUCCAUUUCCAGCCGCCAUUACUGGUCGACUCGCUCGCUCAGGACGCCGACCACACUACACGCAGUAUACGCACCUGGCGCUACAAGAAUUCCAGAAGUAAUUAGCUCUGCACACACAUUAUAAACGCUGCCAGCCUCGAAACCUAAUAACUCCUGGCAGCGAGAACAAAAGUUAUUCCGGCAAAAACUUACGAAAGGAAGGCGAAGUCGCAACAAUCCACAAAGCCAACGCCUCAGAGGCAUAAGCGCUAGACUACCGCAAAGCGACGCCUCGGGCAGACUACCGCGUCAAGAACCCCGCAAAAAAACGAGCGCAACUGCAGUUUUCGUUGUACAGGGCUCACCCGCAUGUCCCUCUCCCACGCUCUCGGAGGUGAAGAGAAAGGUAUCCAGACAUGCUCGCUUCCCGGGCCUCUCCGCAGCCAUUUCUGUCUUAGUGCCACAGCAACCAGCAGCGGUAGAGUAAGGUUUAGCCAAAUCCUUCCAAACGGCCUUUCGACUCGAGACUUUCAGAGCCGUGUGCAGUGUUCACUCGAUCGCGCUAUACGGCCACGUGGUUUGGGCCGAAAAGGUCAAUUUUUCCGCGCGCGCCGCCAGUUACAAAGAUGACGGAUUUCCCUGAUUUAUGGAGUGGAAGGUCUGGCAGAGUUCUGUUGCUAGACGGAGGACUGGCUACUGAAUUAGAGAGAAGAGGACACACAAUUUCUGCAGAUCCACUCUGGAGUGCGAGACUUUUGCACUCUGACCCCGAGGCCAUCCUGAACGUUCACAAGAGCUACUUAGAGAGUGGAGCUGAUGUCCUCAUUACAGCUUCAUAUCAGGCCAGUUUGGAGGGAUUCCGCAAGGAGCUAGGGGUCAGUGAGGUUGAAGCUCGUGAUCUGAUUGGUCGAAGUGUGACGUUGGCCAGGGAGGCCAGGAGCCAGUUCAUCUCUGAGAAUCCAGUUGGUAGAGAGGUGCAGAUAGCUGGAUCAGUGGGUCCCUAUGGAGCCUGCCAACACGAUGGGUCAGAGUACACCGGAGACUACGUGGAUCACAUGACACAACAGGAGUUGGAGGUGUGGCACAGACCUCGCCUGAGGACUCUGGUGGAGUGUGGAGUGGAUCUGGUUGCCUGUGAGACACUACCUGCACUCACUGAGGCUCUGGCCCUCGUCCAUCUCCUGACUACUGAGUUUACUGACACUAGGGCAUGGAUUAGCUUCUCUUGUCGGAAUGGAACGGAGACCUGUCACGGGGAGGAGUUCCGACAGGCAGUGAAGACAGUGAUGGGUGUGGCCAGAGAGAGAGGGAAGAGAGCCGGUAAUCAGCAGAUUGUGGCUGUAGGUGUCAACUGUUCUGACCCAAACUACAUCCAGCCUCUACUGAAGAGUUGUGGAGAUUGUCCAGAGACUGGGUUUGUAGUCUACCCCAACAGUGGAGAAGACUGGGACACCACCCACCACUGCUGGACUGGGGAGACCAGAGAUAUCUCUUCUGAGGCUGGGAAAUGGAUGGAACUCGGAGCAACAUACAUUGGGGGUUGCUGCAGAGUUGGUCCUGAAGACAUCAAAUCUCUGAGAAAUACAGUUGACCUCUUCAUGAUCAAUCAGAACGUUUCAGCAACACACAAACUUUCAUGACGCUGUAGGAACACAUAUCUAUGCGCAUGCGCAAAGUAGAAAUACU